AUGUCCAGCAUGUACGCCAUUCAACCAAACUCGCAAUCGAGCACAGCCGGGACCGACGACUCAAUUCCUCGCUUUACUCCGAAUAUUCUUCCCUGCCGAGUGCACCACGACGGCCCGAUUGAAUCCACAGAGCGGUACUGGGCGCCAGUGGCCGACGAGAAAGACAACAAGCAGACGGCUCACUUCCGAGGACGCAAACUCCGGGGUCGGCGCGUGGCUCUCCCGGAUGGCUAUCGAGGUACGACUACCCACAAUCCCAAUCCCAGUGCUGAAAAAAGGAAUACAAUCCGCAGCCAUUGCUGUGGGUAUAUGGAUACAGAGCUGAAUUGGUUCUCUUGGUACUAUGCAGGCAUCGUCGCAACGCCCACAGACCGCGAGCUGCCUACGUCGCAACCGACGGACCGUGGAACGACAGAGGACGAGGGAGAGGCUGAACCCGAAGAACCGGUCAAGAUCCUUGAGGCUCAAGGGACCUUUGAGGACAUUGUAGUGUGGGGGCAUGAGAUUCCUCCUGCGGCGGAUGACUCGUUUGUUAAGGGGGUGGAGGAAUGGCUGCGCUUUGCGGAGAGUGUUCGUACUUGUCAGCAAUACGAAAAGAGCUUGAACUGA